AUGCCAUUUCUAUUAAACUUCAUUUCCAAGAUUAAGCAUGAGUCAGCUUUAAGAACGUUAGCUAGAGUACAACGAGAAAAUACACGAAUAGAUUUACCAUUUGAAGGGAUGAGUAACACAGAGGAAGGGGCAUUUCUUCGACCAGGAGACAGAAUCGAUCUUAUAGGUACCUCAGGCAGUGGGAAAUCGACAGUGAUGGUCCAAAUAGCCAAACACAGCCUCAUUCAUUCACGUUCGCACAUUUUAUAUUUUGAUCUCGAUGAACGCUUGGUUCCACUAGACGAUAACAAAUUCCAUCUGUUUCAUCUAAAGCAAGGACAAACCCCAAGUGCGACCUUGGAGUAUUGGUUAAAUGAAGAGCAUGCAAAUUUCCAUGUGUUAUGGGUCAUGAUCGAUAAUACUUCAUGUGUCGAUAAAGGGUGUUGGCAAAAAAUAAAGGAAUUACAAACCAAAUGGGGCUUUAUCUUACUAACGUCUACACCAGCCACUGCAGCAAGAGCCUUGGAUUUCGAUUAUCGCUUUGAGAUGAGUGUCACCAAGGGAAACGAGAUACAAAUGCAGCCUAUAUGGCCAAUGCACAAGGAUGCUUUUUUAGUAAGAACAACAACAACAACAACAGCCGUGUAA